CUUCCGCCAUUUUGAUUUCAAACCUUCAUUACUUACUGAUCGAGAAGACUUGAAGAAUAUUUCAGCAGAGUCAGCGUUAAACAGUGUUAAGAACACAUAAGGACAACUUCGCAAACGAAAAAGUAGCAUUUACAAGAUGGCUUCUGGAGAGCACCGAAAUUUAGUUCGCAGAGGUGCACCCAUGAUUCCUGAACACAGAGCGGCUUUGCUCGAAAAAUGCCACAAAUCUGAACCUCCACAAGGGAAAGAUUUUUACGAUUCAGGCUUUGGGGGUAGUUUAGAAAAAGAGGCAGAUAUUUUUGAACGUGAACAAGAUAAGCUUGUGGAAGCAACGAGGGAAAUAACGCUUGAUGAAUCACCGAUAUAUGGACUCGACAAGAAAGAAACUGAACAACUUCAGUGUACGCCUCCGCCUCAAAUGGAAAGUGAUCCUAUUUCAGACCCCGAAAUUUCGCAGAGUCAGUCGAUUUCACCCCAUGAUUGUGUGCUAAGCUACGCAGCUGGUAAUGAUGUGCGAUGCUUGCUUGCUCCUAUGAGGGGCUUGUUGUUCGCUCAAGACGAAGAUGGCGAUACUGCCCUUCAUCUGGCCAUAAUCCACACUAACGUCCAAGCGGUGGAAAACAUUGUCGCAGUUGCACCAUCUACGAAAGCUCUUGAUAUUUUCAACUACUUGAGACAAACCCCACUACACCUUGCAACCAUCACCAAACAGUCAAAUAUUGUUCGUGGGCUGAUUGCAUCUGGUGCAAGUGUAGACCUGGUGGAUAGAAAUGGAAAAACCGCCCUCCAUCUCGCAUGCGAAAGAGGUGACAUAGACAGUGUGCGCGAGAUUAUAAGGCCAUUAUCAGAUAAGGCAUACAACCCCAAGACCAGGGAAGAGAUAUCCUCCAUCUUGAAUACUCGCAACUAUGACGGCUUCACAGCACUUCAUGUUGCCGUAUUUUCCAACUCUAUUGACAUUGUGAGCGCACUCACAAAUGUUGGAGCAGACAUCAAUGUCCCUGAUUGCGGAAGUGGUAAGACAGCAUUACACCAUGCCGUAGAAACCAACAACCUACGCUUAGUCAGCUACUUACUGUUCCAGUGCAAUGCUUGCGUAGAUGCCGAAACAUUUGAUGAAUGCACACCGCUGCAUUUUGCUGCUGGGCGUGGCAUGGAGUCUAUGGCUGCAUUACUACUGGCGGCAGGCGCCGACCCAACACUGCCCAACAGGACUGGAGCCACACCGCUUGAUGAAGCCGCUGAUAAUGUACGGCCAAUGCUCCAGCUACCCGAAUCACCCUUCUAGACAGAGAAUUUGCUAUGCAUCACAGACGCUGAUGCCUUCAUAUGUCAUGCAUUCUCCCCCCCCCCCCCCCCAUCCAACAACAGCCACACUCCACCAAGUGGCACAAGGGAGUUCAUCACUCCAGCCUAGAAGAGCCUAACAUGUUAUGUGUUACUGUGACAUCACAAAGACAUUGUACACAAUUGGCUGCUAGGUGACUGAAAAUGGGAUAUGUUACCAAAACAUCUCAAAGACGUUGUAAACAAAAGGCCGCUUGGUGACUCGAGAUGGGAAAUGUUACCAAAACAUCUCAAAGACGUUGUACACAAGAGGCCGCUAGGUGACUGGAGAUGGGAUAUGUUACCAAAACAUCUCAAAGACGUUGUAAACAAAAGGCCGCUUGGUGACUGGAGAUGGAAAAUGUUACUAAAACAUCUCAAAUACGUUGUACACAAAAGGCUGCUAGGUGACUGGAGAUGGGAUUGUUACCAAAACAUUUCGAAUACGUUGUACACAAGAGGCCGCUAGGUGACUGGAAAUGGGAUAUGUUACCCAAACAUCUCAAAGAGGUUGUACACAAAAGGCCGCUAGGUGAAGAUGUUUUUUUGUCUGUGAUAAUUAAUGUAUUAUUGCAUGUGUGACAUUGUUAGCAAACUACAUGGAGUUGCUAGGUGGUAUCACAGCAGUCAAAUCAUAAUCUAUAGAAUUAUAUAACAGAAUAGGAAGAGACUUUUAGAGCUCCUUAACUCAGCCUCUCUUACCUGAGUGAUUAUUGGUAAGAGUAAAGAUGCUUACAAGGUCCUGUUAGCUUGGGACUUAAGUGUACCAGUACACUCGAGAUUUCUUUAGUUAGAGGCCGAUUACAUUUAGCCCGGGCUGAGUUUUUAGCCUGUUUAGAGAGGUUGAAAGUCCAGCUCGGUAUUCCCAACAAAUACUUGUAAAAUUUCUCUUUCGAUGACAGGAACUAGUUUUCAGCACAGGGGAGAGUUUUCCAGCCCGGGCUGGCAAACUGGGCUAGGAUUUUCAGCCAGGGCUAGCGUGUUGAAAAUCACCAUGUGAUCGUGUUAAUAUCUCAGCCUGUGCUGGAAAACAAUACAAUCUGGGUCCAGCCCGGGCUGAAUAGAACUCAGCUCGGCCUGGAUUUAAGGCAUAUAUUCGGUAAGCAACUCCCCGGGCUGAAAUUCGUCAUGUAUGCAGCAUCUUAGUAGUACCUGGAUAUUAUAUGUUAUUGCCAAACAAAGCCAUUUAUUUAGCUUGAGGAUUAGGGAGUGUUAUGCUCAAUUUUACUCCUGAUUUAAUGUAUUUCUCUGUAUUUCGGCUGUAAUUUUGAAAACUUGUAGAAUUAUGUUAUUAGUAUGCAUCUUCUCUAUAAAUAGCAUCAUUUGGGGACAUAAGUAUAGUCUCGUAAGAUUGGUCAGUUAGUAUAAACGUGGCAUCCCUGCAGAUCUUAUGGAAUUUCACAUUGAACCAAUAUGUACGAAAUCAAGAGAUGCUUAAAAUAAUUAGGAGAGAUUUAUGCGUUGACUUGAUAUCCGUUGUGCAAACUUGCACACUGUAUAUAUGCAUCAUUCAUACACUUACGAGUGCGCAGUAAUAAAUAAACAAACUGAACAGUUUUCUAUCCCCUA